AUGGAAAAAGUUACAUUACCUAGAAUUGUUCGUACACUUUCUACCUAUACAGGAAGGGAUAAAUUUGUUAGAUCCCUUUAUUUUACUCUAAUAUUAUUGGCAGACAAAGUUGGUGGAAAAACAUCAGAACACAUUAUGAUUCUUGCUAAACAAUUAUCUGCUGCAAGAAUGAUUUUUAGACAAUUUAAUCAUUUUGGUAUGUAUAAAGCUUGCCUUGAUACAUUAAAAUCAAUGUAUGAGGCAAAAGAUAAAAUUGAUUUUUCUCUUGGAGCAGGAAUAACGGGUAUUUAUUCUGUGUAUGGUAUUGUAGAAUUAAUUGGAUGGAUUGGUGAUUCAAAGUUAAUUGCUGUUGAUAGUGCAAAAUACUAUAAAUAUUGUUUAUAUUUAUGGAUUUGUGCUUUGGUUACAGGAAUUAUAAGAGGGAUAAGACAAAUAAUUAUAAAAUAUUUAAAAAGAAGUAAUAUAAAUGAAAUGAGAGAAGAUAUUAUAUCAACUAUUGGUUUGACAUCUGAUUUUAUUCCAGCAAUAAAUUCUUUGACAUUUCCUUUUUUGUGGAGUCAAUCAUUACCAACAAAAAUAACUGCAAGACUUUCAUUAAUUGCUUCAAUAAUUGGUUUGUAUAAAGUAUUUUAA